AGGCCGGGAACAUGGCCGGGCGGCCAGGGACCAGCGCUUCGCCGUCGGCCGACCGAGACGGAGCGACACCCAAUGUGGUGGCGCGGGUGUCGCAGUGGGCGGAUGACCACCUCCGCCUCGUCCGGAACAUCAGCACCAUAAUGGCCAUAGCUGGAAUAACGUUACUUCUUAGAAGUGUUCGACUGACAUCAAAAUUUACAAGUUCUUCAGAUAUUCCAGUAGAAUUUAUAAGAAAGAAUGUUAAACUACGUGGACGAAUACACCGAAUAACCGAGGAUGGUUUAGAAAUUGAACAUAUACCUAUUACUUUACCUCUUAUAUCUUCAUGGAGAAGAAAAGAACCCUGUGGCGUUUUGCUGGUUAAACUGGCUGGGGUAGAACUCGCUGAAACUGGGAAGGUGUGGUUACAAAAAGAACUAAAACCUUCCCAGCUACUAUGGUUCCAACUUCUUGGAAAGGAGAAUUCAGCCCUCUUUUGCUACCUUUUAGUCAAUAAGGGUAGAUUUUUUACCGUGAGUCUGAAUGAAGAAAUUUUGAGAAGAGGCCUUGGUAAAACUGUUCUUGUUAAAGGGCUAAAUUAUGAUUCUAAAAUCUUUUGGAAAAUACACAGAAACUUACUUAAAGCUGAAUUAAGAGCCUUAAAAAAAGGAGAAGGAAUAUGGAAGGAAGAAUCAGAAAAAGAAAGUUAUUUGGAAAAAUUCAAAGACUCCUGGAAAGAAGUAUGGAAAGAAGACAGUUAUUUAAAAAGAAUUGAAUUAGAUUUCAACCUGAAAAAAGAAAAUUAUUAUGACAAAUUUAGAAAUACUUAUGAAGCAUGGAAAGACAACUCCUUAUUCCUGAAAUUCAGAGAACUUAUGGGUCGCAUACACUUUCGUAGAAAAGGGUGAAACAUGCCUAGAGAUCUGCAGAUCAUCUACUACAAAAAGAGUAAAAUAUGUAAAUAUAUGGAUAUUUUUUAUUGACAUAAAAUGGGAAUUGUCCCCAAAUGGUCAAAGUUGUAUUCUCAUGGUAUUUAAAUAUUUGAGAGAUAAUUGUUAUAAAGGUAAUAUGAGAAUAACUUAAAUAAAUUGUGAUUAAUAUAAUAUGCUUUUAAGAAAAAUGAAACACUGUAAAAAUUUAUCAGGUUGAAGAAUAUAUACAUGUAGUGCUGAUAUUUGAAGAGAGUUUAUGGGUCGUGUUAUUUUUUGUUACUUUGGACAGCCAUUUAAUUUUUGUUUAA